AGGAGAGAAAGAAGAAAACAUGAGAGUAUACUGACAGGGGAAUAUAAGUCUACCAUUAACUAUCUAAACCAGUUCCUACCCCCAGAACACAGGAUCCGAUAUAUAGGGUUUGAUAUGGCCCACAUAAGUAAAAGUAAAACAACCAAUGUCUUGGUGCGAUUGUCCCAGAUUGCCAGGAAGUGUGUCAAAAUGACGGGGUUCUUUGUUCACAUGCCACGACCCGUCAGUGAGGACUUCUGGAAAACAGCAGAGUUCAGAGGACUGCAAGGACAGAAGACAGACUGGGGGUGUAGACAGACGGGGGUAGUCCGCACAAACUGUGUAGAUUGUCUUGAUAGAACCAACACAGCUCAGUUUGCUAUAGGGAGGUGUGCCCUGGGCUACCAGUUGUUCACUCUUGGUGUUAUCUCCAGCCCAGACCUGGAGUUUGAUACAGACUGCCUCAAAGAUUCUUCUCACAAUUCUCUAGAUGUAAUGCUAGAGCACCUGUACGAGGCUCAUGGUGACACUAUAGCCCUGCAGUACGGGGGUUCUCAGCUGGUCCACAGAAUCGAGGGCUACAGGAAAAUAGCCCCCUGGACCUCCCACUCCAAGGACAUCAUGCAUACCCUAUCACGUUACUACAGCAACACAUUCUCAGACCUAGAGAAGCAGACUGCUACCAAUAUAUUCCUGGGUCUGUACUCACCAGAGGAGGGGAAACCUAACAUCUGGGAGCUGCCCACUGACUUCUACCUCCACAACAAAGGUGUCAGGGCUGUGCUGGAGUAUUUAUGUUAUAGUUUCACUCAGUGGUGGGAGGUGCCAGUUUACAGAUCCUUACCUUUGCCUUAUGAGGAAGAGAAGAAGCCGACAGACUGCACCAUUGUUGCCAUGGCGCCUGGUGAGGAAUGUUUAGAUAGUUACUAUGACUACUACAGGACCAGUGAAUUUACCUCCAUCCAUGAACUCUUCCCUUAUACCAUGUCACACUCGGUCAGGGACUACAAGCCAAAAACAGCCAAGCAUGACAGUCCCUUUACCUUAAGAGUUCCUUCAGAGACGACCAAGGAUAUCAACAGGUUAUCUCCCUUUUAUGAAUUUCUUAGUGCCAAAAUCAUUACUUACAU